GUUUACAGGUGUGCACUCCAUGUCCAGCUGUUUAUUGGCCACUUUGGUGGAAUACAAUCCUAAGGUGCAUAGUGUUCAAAUUUGAUCCAGAAGAUUAGAUCUGGCCUGCUUACUUUAUCUGAAGUACAUUGACCAUGGAAUGUGAAGAAUAAUGGGAGAGAGUGGAAAUGUGAAGUCAGGAGAUGGAGACAUAUGGGUUAACAUAGUAGUCAUCAUCUUCAAAUAGUUGGGCCAAGGCCAGGGAUUUUAGCUCAGUGGUUCCAGCCCCUGCUUCGCAAGCACAAGUUCCUGAGUUCGAUCCCCGGUACCAAAAAACAAAACAAAACAUAAGAAAGAAGCCAAAUAUUGGGCCAAAUUUAAAGUAGUGGAGUUAUCAUAACUUUCUAUGAUAGCCCAUGUUGUGUUUCCCAGAUGCAGUGUGUGCGUUUAUCUUCGCUCUCACCCUCUUUUUCUAUUUGCUCAGUCCAAGCUCACUCUGCAGGACAGUUUCUCUCCCACUCUUCAUUUUUGCUUUCUUGAAUAAACUUUGCCACUGCUUCUUGCUCGUUUCAUUCAGUUCUUUGUUUGAGGUGAGAAGAAUUUGGAAUGUAACUCCAGAAGGAGAGGGGAGUAAACCAGAACUUGGUAAUGUUUAGUUGGCGAGCCACUUUUUAGAAACAAACUACCUGAUAACAGCCUUGAAAUGAAAUGCAUUAUCUCACCUGAACCAAUUAGUACCCUCAGCCCCCUUGUGGGGUGCUAGAGGAAAACAACAACAACUAAAUCUUGGCGAAGAGGUUCCUAUUGGUGAUUAUAAAAAGAGACACAACACAGCAGGCACUUUUUCUACCUGGGUCUGCAGUUUCCAGUUUUGCUCUAAAUGACCAGCUCCUGCCGCUUCGGAUUCCCAUGGAUUGCAUUUUUGUGACAUGUUCCUGGACUUUCCUCCUCCCUGCAGUUUUUUCCUUUGUAAAGAUGAAUGAAGAGCCCAUAACUUUUCCUACACUAAACAAGAACUCUGCGGCGAAGCCCACCAGAAAAAAAGAUAUUAAAAAUAAAUGUAGUUCAAAUGAAUUGCCAGUCAUCACAAAGGAGGCAAAACACCACAAACAUAAAAAGCACAAAACCACAGCAGACAAUAUCACCAGCAAAAGAGAUUCCUCACAUCUGCCAUGGAGGCUCAUUUCUAGUGUACUUCAUGUCAAGUUCCUUCUUCUGAUGGCUGGAACCAUUGUGGCUGUUUUGACUGCAAACUCAUCUCCCAAAACAACAUUUCCUACAAUCCAGCAAGAAGGACCUCACUGUCAGCCUUGUCCCAAGGACUGGGUCUGGUUCAGAUGCAGUUGUUAUUACUUCUUUAAGGAGAAGCUAACUUGGAGCAAGAGUCAACAUACCUGCUCAUCUCUAAACACCAGUCUUGUGAAAAUAAACAGAGAGGAAAUGAAAUCUUUCUUCUGGGCUGGAAUUUACUAUAAGAAAAUUAAAAGUCAAUGGUACUGGGAAAAUAAUUCAGUUCUACCCUGGGAUACUGCCAAAGAUCCAACCCUGGACUUCAUACAUUUGAGGCCUGAACUGCAACAAGCCUGUUUAUCUUACAGAUCCAAAGAACUAUAUAUAGCUGAACACUGUGGAAUUCCUCAGAACUACAUUUGUAAGAAUCAUUUUAUUUCUCCUAUGAAAUCAUGAGAAAAUAAAAUACAAUUUUUGUCACCCUAAAAAAACAUUGAUAAAGUAGUGCGAAGUGGGAGACACAGGUCCCCAAGCAAAGUCUAACGUGGGUCCCUAUGGUUAACAAAAGAACUGCUCGCUCCAUAACCUAGAGAUUUGCUUUGGGUACACAUGAAUGAAGUCCACGGGAGAAGUGCAGAGGGAAAAGUGUAACUUUUCUUCAGUGGAAUGCUCACGUUUAUUAAUGAACAAGUGGCCUUCCACAGGAUACCUGCUAAUUUAUUUAUUUGUUUGUUUGUUUUGAGACAGGGUUUUGCUAUGUAGACCAGGCUGGCCUCGAGCUCACUGCAGUCCUCCUGCUUCUGCCUCCCUGAGAGCUGGGAUUACAGAUGUGUACCCCGUCCCUGGCUAGGAUGCUUUUUAUAGGCAUGGAUGUUCUGAAAAGGCUUCCACAGAUGUGCUGAGCAGGUGAGGACUGAGAAGGCUGAGCAGACCAAACAGCUCUGCUCUCUCCUGCCUGUCA